CAUGGCGGCCUUACCCCUUUUUGGAACUAUGAGCUCAAUUUGCAGAAAGUGUGCGGGGCUAACCAACAGAUUUUGGCUUCGAUCUUCCCAGGCCAGUGCAGUUAAUGUUACUCCAGUCAGAUGGCUGAAUCUCCAAGAAUUCCAGAGCAAAAAACUAAUGGCAGACAAUGGCCUUCAUGUACAGAGAUUUAAAGUUGCAGAAACUGGUAAAGAAGCAGUUGCAAUUGCUAAGGAAUUGAAUGCUAAAGAAUUUGUACUAAAAGCACAAAUCCUUGCUGGUGGUCGGGGCAAGGGAACAUUCACAAGUGGCUUGCAGGGUGGUGUACAUUUGACGUCAGAUCCAGAGAAAAUUGGUAAAUUGACAGACCAGAUGGUGGGAUACAACUUAACAACAAAACAAACACCUCCUGGAGGAGUGCUUGUGCAAAAGGUUAUGGUAGCAGAGAGUUAUGACAUUUCGCGUGAGACCUAUUUAGCCAUUUUAAUGGACAGAGCUUAUCAAGGACCCGUCAUUGUUGGAAGUCCCAAAGGUGGUGUAGAUAUUGAGGAAGUCGCAGAAAAAACACCUGAACAUAUACACAAGGUUGCUGUUGACAUCUUUCAGGGGAUAACUGAUACAGAUGCAAGAUACCUCGCCGAGAAAUUAGAAUUUCAAGGACCUUUGUUAGAAGAAGCCGCAGAACAGAUAAAGGCACUUUAUAAGCUGUUUCUUAAAGUUGAUGCGACACAAGUAGAAAUUAAUCCUUUUGGUGAAACACCUGAUGGCAAAGUUGUUUGCUUUGAUGCCAAGUUCAACUUUGACGACAGUGCCAGGUUUCGACAGAAGGAAGUGUUUGCUAUGGAUGAUCAGACUGAAAGCGAUCCACGCGAGGUGGAGGCUGGAAAAUAUGACCUCAAUUAUAUUGGUCUGGAUGGGAACAUUGCCUGUCUUGUUAAUGGCGCUGGCUUAGCAAUGGCAACUAUGGAUAUUAUCAAACUUCACGGGGGUACCCCAGCGAACUUCUUAGAUCUCGGGGGUGGCGUGAAGGAAGAAGGAGUAUUUCAAGCUUUCAACAUUGUAACAAAGGACCCUAGAGUAAAAUCUAUUCUUGUGAAUAUAUUUGGCGGCAUCGUUAACUGUGCCACUGUAGCAGAUGGAAUAACUUCAGCGUACAAGAAACUCAAGGUUAAUGUUCCUGUAGUGUUGCGGUUAGAAGGUACAAAUGUGGAAGAGGCCAAACGGAUUCUCAGAGACAGUGGAAUGCCGCUGAUCCUAGCAGAUGAUAUGGACGACGCGGCUCAAAAAGCAGUCACAAGUCUUACAAACUAAUGUUUGUUUUUUUUUUUUUGGACCAUCUAGUGGUUACCAAUCCAUUAAGCACUUGCGCUGAAAUAACUGGGCCCUCAAUCGAUAAGUGAAUAUAAUUCGUGCGCGAGAAGGCCUAAAUGAUUAAAAACAAUUAAAGACAGACUCUAUGGUGAGAGGCUUUACGUUGUGCUUGGUACAUUGUUUGUGUAUGGUACAUGGAUUAGAACUUCGAAAUGUAAUGAAAGACUCCGGGAGUUCACAUAGAUAAGACUCGAGUAUUUUUAUAGGCCUCUUUGUCUUAAGAAUUAAGCACAAAUUUUUGCAGGUUGGUCAUUUUGAAAUCCGAGUAAAUUUUUCGCUAUCUCUGGUCGUCCUUGUCCUUUUUCGGUUUAUGCUUUUUUUUUUUUUAUUUUUUUUUUUAUUGCUGAUCUACUGAUCAUUUGUUCUAAAUAAUCCUAAAAAUGACUCCACCCUGCUUAGCUGUCUCUUUAGUGAGCCAAGAAAAUAAGCAGUGGAGGUUAGGAGAAUUUGAGUUCGAACCUCGCAGCGCUUUUAUCAGGACAGUUCAACAGAGCUACCACACCACACUUUGAGCCAUGUUGGUUCGCGUAUGUCUGAUCAAAGUCUAUUAAAUAUUUUGCUGCCUUCGAACCACAUUUCCAGUGUCCUUCAAAGUUCACGAACUAGGCAUAAUUAGAGCCGCGUUUAAGCGGGAAUGUGUCAUACACUUCUUGUCUGUAAUCCAAACUGAACUGCAUUUUAAAUUAAAUGAAUAUGUAAACUUCA